AUGAUCAGCGAAAACCCGCUGACUGCUGCAAAUCUUGAUAUCAUAGGCGCGUUAGCUCCUACGCUCAUUCCUCCGAUGACUAAGCUCUUCCGGCAACUCUGCGACAGAGCGCAGAACCACAUACGGAAAGCAAAAUGGCAGCAGGAAUAUUACGCAGACAAAAAGCGCCGAGCUGUGGAGUAUGCAGUCGGCGACAAGGUUUGGCUCAGCAGCAAGCAUAUACCGGGUUCAUCUAGCUGCCCUAACUUCAAGCCCUGUUACCGAGGACCCUUUGAAAUCACUGGACGAAUAGGCACCGUUGCUUGCCGUCUUGCUUUACCUCCCACCUAUGAAUGCCACAACGUUUUCCCUGUUUCGCAGCUAGUUCCCCACCGCCCCCGCCCUCCAGACUUGGUUCCCCAGGAAGCCGACACCACCUGGCCCCCUAUCCGCGAUGCAGCAGGCAGUCCGACAGAGGAGUAUGAGGUCGAUUAUAUUACGAACCAACGCGGCUCAGGCGCUGACGCCCAGAGCCUCGUCAAAUCGCGCGGCACCCGCGAAGAUCAAGCCACGUGGAAGCCCGCAAACCACCUAACGGGAUCUCAGGCUUUGUUCCGCGCUUGGCACCGCCGUCAAAGAAGACAUCUUCAAGCUCGAUACAAUCUUGCUCCUUCCGAGGCGUAG